ACAAAAAGAAAAAAAAAAAGAGAAAGAAUGCACGCAAAACGAGACUUUGUGGUGAAGGUGAGCGGAACGGAGGUGGUGGCGGCGGCGCUGCCAAUGCAAGAACACUUGCUGCCGCUAUCCAACCUCGACCUGCUCUUGCCGCCGGUUGACUUCGGCGUCUUUUUCUGCUACGACAACAACAACAACCGCCGCCAUGAACUCACCUUCGACCACAUGGUCGGCGUUCUGAAGAACUCCUUGGCCCAGACGCUGGUUCCGUACUACCCGUUCGCCGGCGAGCUGGUCAAGAACGGCGCCGGAGAGCCGGAACUCCUCUGCAACAACUGCGGCGUAGAUUUCGUCGAAGCUUCCGCCGACGUCGAAUUCAAGGAUCUUGAUUUUUACAACCCCGACGACACCGUCGAAGGAAAGCUCAUUCCGGCGAGAAAUCACGGCGUUCUCGCCGUUCAAGCCACUCAACUCAAAAAUGGAGGAUUGGUGGUGGCGUGUACAUUCGCUCAUCAGGUGGCGGACGCCUACUCCGCCAAUAUGUUCCUCGUUUCAUGGGCGGAGACUGCGCAGUCAAAGCCACUUUCCCGGCCGCCGUCCUUCCGCCGCUCCCUCCUCCUCCCCAGACUUCCCGGUGGCUAUCACCAGUCAGUCGACGAUAUGUACGUCAACGUUUCAUCUAUUCCGCCGCCGCCGCCGCCGGAAAACCAUCCCCAAGACAACGACCGAUUAGCGACGGCGAUGAGUCGCAUAUACUACAUGAAAGCUGACCAAGUCAACCAGCUCCAAGCACAGGCUAAUGUAGACAAUAGCGGCACUCGGAGGACCAAAAUGGAGGCGUUCUGCGCAUUCAUAUGGAAAACGAUCGCCUCCGGCGAAGAUUCCGCCGGAGAUAAUCACUGCCGGCUGGGAGUCGUGGUCGACGGGAGGAACAGACUGAUCGAUGACGGAGAUGAAAUCGAAUCGUAUUUUGGGAAUGUUUUAUCAAUCCCAUUCGGGGAGAAGAAAAUCGCGGAACUGACCGGAAAGCCACUGAACUGGGCGGCGCGUGAGGUCCACGCGUUCUUACAGGCGGCGGUUACGAGGGAGCAUUUCCUAGGGCUGAUAGACUGGGUGGAGGAGCGGCGCCCCGAGAAGGGGGUGUCAAGGAUAUACGCGGCGGCGGAGGAGGAGGAGGAGGCGGCGGUGGUGGUGUCGUCGGGGCAGCGGUUUCCGGUGAGAGAGAUGGAUUACGGGUGGGGUAAUCCGGCGUUUGGUUCGUAUCAUUUCCCGUGGGGUGGGAAAUCGGGAUACGUGAUGCCGAUGCCGAGUCCGAAUGGGAAUGGGGAUUGGAUCGUCUACAUUCAUCUGAUGAAGGCGCAGUUGGAUCUGAUUGAGAGUAAUGCAGCACGUGUUUUUAAUCCCAUCACUCGUGAUUAUCUUCUCUCCUUGUGGAACUGAUUUUUUAUUAAUUUUUUUUUUCUAAUUAUAAAAAAAGUGUAAUUUGUCGUUAUGAACUGAAACAUCGUAUUUUCAUGUUCUAGAAUUAAAACUAUUAAUUUGAGUUCGAUUUAUGUUUUGAGUGCUCGAUUUGUUAAGCACAAGUUUGAAA